AUCCUUAUCAGCAAGGACCAACGGUUUUCGUCAGUUGUCGGUUGUCGCCAACACGUUGGAUAAACCAUGAAGCUUAGUUUUAGUGUUUGGUGUUUGUUCUUAUUGUUUUGUUUAGUGAGGUCACAAGAGGCGCCCUCCGGUGUGAUUUGCACAACAUGCGCGUGCGCAGACAGCCGCGUCGACUGCGCCAAUAAGGAUAUCCGGGCAUCUUUCUCCGUGGAUGAGUGGAAAGCUCUAGAGACCUUCCGACCAACCGAGAUUGACCUCAGUAGAAACCGCAUAGCCACCCUCUCGAAGCUGCCAGCGCUCCCAGUGCAGAAUCUAACGGUGUCAAAGAGUGAGCUCGAGGUGAUAGAGUCUGGCUGUUUCAAGCAUCUGAGAGAUACUCUUGUUACUUUGGAUUUGAGUAACAAUAAGAUAACUACGUCAUCGUUGGAUAGGAGGAUUUUUAUGACUACAUUGGAAGGAGAUAAACUUCUCCAAUUCAAUAAACUAACAUUCCUGAGCCUGGCCAACAAUGACAUCCACUCGCUUCCCAAAGACCUGUUCUUCACCACAGGAGAGUUAACACACCUUGACCUCAGCGGGAACCCACUGGCCUACAUCGACACUAUUACGUUGGGCACUAUCAGUGAUGUAACUAAGUUAAGGAACCUCUCCCUCAGUUCCUGCGACCUUGAGACGCUUCCCGAGGGUAUAUUCCGACGGCUGCGGCGGCUGCAGGGUUUAGACCUCAGUGGAAACAGGUUCACCACCGUGCCUGCCACCAUUAAUGAGGCUUCGAACCUUCAGGUCUUGUUCUUGGACAAAAACCCAUUUGAGACUAUUAAUGACAAUACUCCCUUCAAAACGUUAAUAAAACUUCGAGAGCUCUACAUCCGGCGCUGCAGUAAGCUCAAAUCCAUCACCGCUGGUGCUCUCGGCGGCCUGGAGAGCCUCUCCAUCCUCCACAUCUCCUAUAACCCUCGAUUGAGCACUCUGGAACCCAAAUUUUUAGUGUGGGAAGAUGACGAUGAGGUGGAGAAACAACCAUUAAUCAAAGAGCUAUACCUCAACAACAACAACAUAACUGAAAUCAGCGCGUACUACCUCGACCGCUGGAACCUUCUGGCGAAAGGCGACUUCACCAACAACCCCUAUGACUGCGACUGCGACAGCCAGUGGAUGGUGGAUGUGCUUAUACCACUGCUGCAAGAUAUGGUUGGCUGCGGCGAGCAGAUGGCCUACAUGACAUGUAAAACGCCGGAGCCGUUCCGUGGGCUGACCUAUAAUCAGGUCUUAAAUUCGACAAGGCAUCUCAUCUGCAUGGAGAACCUCGAGCAGCCAGUGACUGAUUCCGCCAUCAUGCUGGGAAUUAUGAUAGGAGUGUUUGUCACAUUUCCGAUGGUAAUCUUAGUCGUGUUGCUUUGGAGGCGUGGAAUCUUUACUAAAUGCAGGAAGAAAGUCAUAGAGAUGGAAGAAGAAAAAGACAUGUUCUAGUUGUUUAAGAAUAAAUUGUAUUUUAAAUA